AUGUCGGGAGCGGAGAAGUGGGAGAAGGUGGAAGAAAUGUGGAGGUGGGAAAGUGGUGACGAUGUUGGGGGAGUUGGGGAGAGGAAGAGGCAGAGAGAGUUAAGGGCGCGUCCUGGGGAAGAUCGCAGGCAACGGCGUCGAGACGCGCACGUUCCGAAGGACCACGACCUCCCCGAAAUUGAAAUUCCGCAAUGGCGCGACGAAGCCAGAGCGACGAAGCCAGAGCAGCGAAGCAGGUGGGGGAAGGUGCAAGAGCUCGCUGCCCAAAAGUCGAAGUCACAUGCUCCCAAUGGGGACUAG